CAAAGUUGUCUGUCCAAUAUCAUCACUUUUAAAUCGAUAAUUUGUUGAUUUAUAUUGUGAAAAGAUUUUCCUUUUUUAAGUUCGUAUCUGAGUUAUGAUGCAUAGAAGUACUCCCAAACAAAGCCAGGAUGAGCAAUGACACUUUCCACUACAUUAGUAAACACUCAACUAGAUCAACACAAAAAAGGGAGAUCUUGGAAGCUUAUAGCGGUAGCUGGUGGCACUUUACUAGUAAUCAAAGCAGUAGUCUUACCUUUUUUGACUCCCGCCUUACGCAAAAUAUGCAUUCCCUAUUUACCUGCCACACAGGGUCAGAUCAAAAACUUCGCUCACUUGCUAAAACAUUGUAAAGGUCCCCUAGUUGACUUGGGUAGUGGAGAUGGAAGACUGGUUUUGCAUGCAGCAAAAAUGGGAUUAGUGGCCCAUGGUAUAGAGCUUAAUCCUUGGCUUAUUUUAUAUUCAACGAUUGUUAAGGUCUAUCUCAAAACAUUUAUCCGACUUACCAGUCAAAAAUCAGGUAAUGUAUUUACAGACAUAAGGUUUUACCGUAAAAAUUUAUGGAACAUGCCCUUGAGUCAAUACAGAACUGUAGUCGUGUUUGGAGUAAAGGAGAUGAUGCCACGACUUAAGGAUAAAAUAAUAAAAGAAUUAGACCAGGGGAGUAAAGUUAUAACAUGCCGGUUUCCGUUGAUAACCCGAGAAACGGAUGCUAAAAUUUUACCCUAUAAGAUUGAUGACUUAAAAUUGAUUUUUAAAAUUGAAGAUGGAAUCGAUUCUAUGUGGUUAUAUCAGAAAAGUUAAUAUAUUAUAAUAAAAGUUAUUUUUUAAUGAUAUAUUAUUUGCGUUACUUAUUGGUUAUAACUUAUGAACCUUAAGAUAAAUUAAUAA